AUGUUAUUUGCCCUUGUAAUGCAUGGAUUUGCUUCUGGUUGUACAGAUUUUCAAUCUACUGCAUCCGAUGCCGGUGAUGUUGAAGAUGGCAACUUUAGCUUAAAGCAAACUGGAAGUUACUUGAAUUAUAAAAUUGAUUUAGCUAAACAAUCUCAAAGCCUCAUUGCGAUAAAUUCUAUCAAGCUUAAACUUUCAACGAAUGGCACUGCAACGAGUGAUAUCUCUGUUACUCUUGAUGGACCAAUUUUUGCAGAACUUCCAGAUCUCACAGAUUACACUUAUACAAUUACAAUCAAGCUAAAAUAUACAAUUACUUCUGAUAGCUUUAAAAUCCCUUUUGUAACUGUUUCUAAUUCAAAAGGAUACAAAUUUAUAUUUUUCGGAUCAAAUCAAAAAGAUCAAGAAGCAUAUGGUAUAACAGAUAAGAACUUAUCAAUUGAAGGAUAUGAACUUGAGCAUAAAAUAUCCAAUGAAGUCAAAGUUUUGACAUGCACAACUACAUUCUCUAGCACAUCUACUUCUAGAGCUCUUCUUGCAUUGAAUUCAGUUUAUACAGCCUCUAUUUCACAAGGUGAUACUCCAGAUCCAUCCACUUCAACCCCAACUCCAACAGAAAAAGGUAAAAUGGGCGCUGGUGAAAUUAUUGCAAUCAUCUUUUGUGUUAUUCUUGCUAUUGUUCUUAUUAUUGUUAUCAUAUAUUUCGUCUGCUGCAAUAAACGUAAUAGAUCACAAAAGAAAGAAUCUUCUUCUCUGGCUCCACCACCAGAAAAAGAAGUUGACGAAGAUAGUGGAAGUGGUGUUAACGUAUAA